AGCUCACAUAUUAUAGGCUAUAGUGCAGUAGUUGCGUGCCAAUAGUCCAACUGCGUCUUAUGAUAAUACAUUAAGAAGUAAGGGCCAGAGCCUCACGAAUAAAACAAUGUUUUCGAUAGUCAGUAUUUGUUGAUUAGCGUCGAUUUGUGUGCACAGUCUCCGAUAUUCCAUUUCAUUGUAUCAAAGACACGCGGGGCGAACGUAUGCUUAGCCGAUUGUUGUCGACUCGGGCGGGGGGGAAGCUCGAACUGUCGGAAUUGUCAAGAACCACUACAACGAAAGUAAGUUUCAUUGGAUUCGAAGGUUGCACGGCAGAAGUAUUAUACAACGAUCUCAGUUAAUUAACUGCAUUUAUACGGCAUGCGUGAUGAGAGCCUUUGGACACGAUGGGCACAAGAGGCACGGCUAUAGCCGAGAAGUCAUCCGACAGGGUACGGCUCAAGGUCCUCUAUGACUUUGAAUACGAAACUCUGGGUAAACAGAUCAGAAUUGUGAAAGAUGAGCGACUCCUGCUGUUAAAACGUACAAAUAAUGACUGGUGGCAGGUGGUAAGGCCUGCUGAUUUGAGCAGUAUUUACGUACCAGAGCAGAGCACCUUCUACGUGCCUACAGGUUACAUUGUCGAGGAGGAUAUCCUACCAGAUAGCACACGUUUCUAUAUUACUAACGAUAAAAUGAUUAAACAACAAAACGAAAUAACAACUCAAGUUCCUGUGCUUUGCCAACAGCAUUCUAACCAGGAGGAGGUGCAACAGGUUCAAGAAACGUGUACCAAGGAUGAACCAAGGAAGGCACAUGAAUCUUUUAGGAAUGUCAUAAGGAAGCUCUCUGGUAAUUUGAGCUCGAUUAACGACAGCAGCAAAUCCACCAAGCCUACAAAAUCUUCUAAAAUGAUCAAAAACUUAAGAAAGAACUCUGUGGGCUCUAACGAGGAUGUUAAAAUAUUUACUAAUAAAUGUAGUCUUGUGCCUCUUAAACCUAAAGAUUCCUGGGAUAGUUCUCCAUUUGGAAUGUGCUUCGGUCGAGAUAUGAAAAAUUCUGAUGCACAGGCGCUAAAUCCAUUUCAAGAGGAGUUGGAAAAUGCGUUAUCCAAUAGAAUCUCUCAAAAGAAAAUUGUUUUGAAUCCAAAAUUAGGAAUAAAUAAGCAAGUGAAUCAAGUUAGCGAAGAAAAAGAGAAAACUUCCAAAUUUGAGAAUAUUCAAGAUAAAUGGGAAAAGGCUUCUGCACAGAUCUUGAAAAAACCAGAUAAUUUUCACUUUGUAUCGUUGACAAAAAUUAAAGAAGAUGCACUUAAAAAGCAAAAUACAUUUUAUGAUUAUCAAAAAAGUGAAUUAACAAAUGAUACAAGUUUUGACACAAAGAAUUUAUUAGAACCUGGAAAAAUUCUUAACCAGAGCAAAAAUGAUUCAAACAAAUCAUUGCAACAGUCAAAUAAAAUAGAUGCUUCUAAUACACACAUACAUAGCACUGUUUCUGAAAUAAAUGAUGAAAAUGUUAUUCAAGAAUCGUUAAAAAAGCAAGAUAUUGAUAGGUUAUUAAUAAAUGACAAGAGAAAAAUGUGGGCUAUAGAGACAUUAAUGUCAGAAUUACUGGAAUCAUCUAUAAAUCUUAAACCAGUUGGUUCAAUAGAAAAUAAUCAAAGGAAUAUAUCUGGACCAAAUCAAUUAGCACAGGAAUUGCAUGAAAUGAGUAUAUCUAGACGUUUUGAAAAUGAUGAAAUUCAAAUGAAUUUAUUGGACAAUAAGCACGAUUAUACCAAAGAAAAUAAACAGUUAAAUAAUAAUAAUAAAUACAAAAUAGAACCUUGGAAAAGAAAAAUUUUUGAUUUUCCACCAUGUUCAAAUGUUAUGAAAACACCAAAAAGUCCAACCACAAGAUCACCAAAAUUACUUGAUGAAUAUAAUGAAGCAAAUAUUUUGAAUGAUAAUGACAGACCAAGAGAAAUUAAGGGUAUACCAGUGGAACUAUUGGAUUAUGAAUCGCCCUCAUAUUCGAACAUUUCCAUGUGCAUAAAACGUGAGAAAGUGCCAUGUAAGUUGAAUAUGCCUAUUAAGGAUUUUCGCGAAGAGUUACAACUUACACCAUCCCUCGAGAAAUUGGCUAGUGAAAUCAAAUUUUUGCCAGCCAGUGCAAUAUCUGUUGAAUCGGAAAAUGAAAAACAUUCUAUUGACUUAGAUUGUCCAACUACAACACUGAGCCAGGACUCGCUGCGAUUAUACAAACGUCGCUCUAAGUCUGACGGCGCCUUGAACAAGCGUGACCCUCGUCGCCGCGAUAGUGUUGACUCGCAGCGCGGUGUAUUUGAGGUAAAAUUCAAUCAGCAACAACAGCAGCUGGGGCGCAAAUAUACGCAAAAUGAAAUGCAACGCGGUAGCAGCGGUCUUAAACAUAAUGUGACGUCCCAAGAAUACUGUUAUCGAGUGGAGCGUGGUAGCCAGGCGAUGCGUCACAAACUCAACAGGAAAUCUCGGAGUCUUGGUGACCUAGAUUGUUCGGAAAUGGAGGAGGAUCGACCAGAUGACGAGGCGCGCGAACCCGAGUCAAGGAGACGCUAUAAACCUGUACCUAAACUCAGAUCUAAGGAAUCAUUCAGAAAAAUAAAACCCUUUAUACCCUUAAUUGCGUCAGCAGCAAGCACAGAGCGUUUAGCGCCGAAGCCCGUUCCAGCAAAGCGUCGUAUUCAACAAAAUCAGAAGCGUCAACCCUACGACAGCAGCUAUGACGACCUCAGUGAAAUAGACAUCGAGCGCAGCACCGCCGUCGGUUUUAAAACCUUACUGCGAACCUCAGACAGCGGUUCUGAGGAGUACCUUCAGUAUAAAACAUUCCCUGCAACGGUUAAGCCUCAGCAGCUUUCUUAUGAGCAGUCGCGUCUCGUUGGUGUCCAGAGCAUUUCACGUUCUGAUGGCAACGUCAAUCUUACUAGGAGCCAUUCCGACGAAGUUAUUCUCAGUUCGACCUCGUGCUCCUCUGCCAGUCCUUCUCACCUUCUCGAUGGCAGUAUUGAGAAUCUCGUUAACUUACCCUUCGGCUGGACGCAAGCUUACGAUAACAACGUUAAGAGGCUUUGCUUUAUUAAUGAAAGAGGCGAUAAGUGGUUUUCUUCAAACGAUUCUGAAGGCAAAAUAUAUUUUUUUGAGGAAAACAGUAAUGAAUCAUCCUGGGCUCUUCCAACAGUUAUAAAUGAAAAUCGUGUUAGGACUAUAUCUAAUGGUGAUUGGCCUCAACUUUUUGAUGGAAAUAUGUGUAUCCUCAAAGAAGGAAUGAUCAAUAAAACAAAAAUAACGACUGAAAAUGGUAAAAAAUUGAGAAAAACUUGGAGCACAUCUUAUGCGGUAUUAACUGAGCUCUUCUUACUAUUUUUUAAAGAUGCAAAAACUUUUGCGGCAAUGAAAAUGGACCAAUCGGCAACAGCUAAACCGGAUAUUUCAGUGGAUUUGAACGGUGCCUUUAUAGAAUCUUCAGAAAAACUAAGCAAUCGAAAAAACGUAUACCUCAUAAAUACCUUAUUAGGAUUGCAAGUUCUCAUACAAUGGGAUAAUGCAUUUAUAAUAGCUGAAUGGUAUCGCGAGAUACACGAUGCCAUCCAGAGGCUGCCAUUUAGUCAGGAGUAUGGGAAGUCUUCAUCAUCAAGAGAAUGAAGAUGACACUAAGAGUACCUUUUUCUGAUUUAAAAUUCGUUAACUUUCCAAAGUCUAGAAUCAUGUUAAUAACAGAAGAAAAAAUAUAAUAAAUGUUAUUUGAGUAUUUUUGUAUUACUCGGUAUAAAU